CCCACGGGCUGUGAGGAGUGGAGUGCUCCCUGAUGAGGGGAGCACCAUGUGCAAGAGGGUGUUCAGGGUGACAUGGAUAUAUCCCACCUGGAGGGAUGGGCAGUGUGAUGCCAUGCUCCCCGCAGGCUGCCUAUCUGCAGCAGGCAGGGGUGCACACGGCUGUGCUGGAGAAACGCCACGUGCUGGGCGGUGCGGCUGUCACAGAGGAGAUUGUGCCAGGCUUCAAGUUCUCCCGGGCAUCGUACCUGCUCAGCCUACUGCGGCCACAGAUCUACACUGAACUGGAGCUGCAGAAGCAUGGCUUGAGGGUGCUCCCACGGGACCCCUACUCCUUCACCCCGCUGUUGGAAGACAGGAGCCCCCCCCGCUCCCUCCUGCUGGGGCACAACAUGGCCCAGACCCAGCAGCAGAUUGCUCAGUUCUCCCAGAAGGAUGCCCAGGCUUACCCUGAGUACGAGGCAUUCAUGGGGGGCUUGGUGUCAGCCCUCAACCCGCUGCUGGAUGCCCCCCCAGCGGAUACAGCUGCCCUGGGGCAGGGCUCCCUGCUCCAGAGGCUCAGGGCCCUGCGAGACCUGCGGCCCUUGCUGUGGGCAGGGCUGGCGCUGGGGCGGCAGCUGCCCCACUAUUACGAGGUGCUCACAGCCCCCAUCUCCAAGAUCCUGGAUCAGUGGUUUGAGUCGGAGCCCCUGAAGGCAACUCUGGCUACUGACGCAGUGAUUGGAGCCAUGGCUAGCCCCCACACCCCUGGCAGUGGGUACGUGCUGUUGCACCAUGUCAUGGGCGAGCUGGACGGACAGCGGGGGGCCUGGGGCUACGUGGCUGGUGGGAUGGGGGCUCUGUCCCAAGCCAUUGCCCGUGCAGCAACUGCCCGAGGAGCCCACAUCUUUGCUGAGAAGGCAGUGUGCCACAUCCUGCUGGGCAAGGAUGGGCAGGCACAGGGCAUUGUGCUGCGAGAUGGGACAGAGGUGAGGAGCAAAAUAGUGCUGUCCAACGCCUCCCCCCAAAUCACCUUCCUGGAGCUCAUCUCCCAGGAGCAGCUGCCAAAGGAUUUUGUCCAGAGGAUCCAGCAGAUUGAUACACGCUCCCCUGUCACUAAGAUCAAUGUGGCAGUGGAUCGCCUGCCCAGCUUUUUGGCUGCCCCUAAUGCCCAUGAUGGCCAGCCCUUGCCCCAUCACCAAUGCUCCAUCCAUCUCAACUGCGAGGGCACCCACCUCCUGCACCAGGCCUUCACUGAGGCUACCCAUGGGCACCCAUCCAGCAGGCCCAUGAUUGAGCUCUGCAUCCCCUCGGUGCUGGACCCAGAGCUGGCCCCACAGGGCUGCCACGUCGUGUCCCUCUUCACCCAGUACACCCCCUCUGUGCUGGCGGGUGGGCAGCCCUGGGACGAGCAGGCCAGAAAUGCAUAUGCGGACACAGUGUUUGACUGCAUCGAAGCCUAUGCCCCGGGGUUCAAGGCAUCUGUCAUCGGCAGGGACAUCCUGACACCACCAGACCUGGAGAGGAUCUUCGGGCUGCCUGGCGGGAACAUCUUCCAUGGAGGGAUGUCUUUGGACCAGCUGUACUUUGCCCGGCCAGCACCAGCCUACUCAGGCUACCGGUCCCCAAUUCCUGGCUUGUACCUGUGUGGAAGUGGAGCCCACCCUGGUGGAGGAGUGAUGGGAGCAGCAGGACGCAAUGCUGCCCAGGUGGCCCUAAAGGACUUCAGGUGCCUGUGAUGGCAGUGGUGACACUGAUUUCACCUAUGUAGGGUUGUGGCUGCAACAAGCUGUGUUGACCCCAUGCAAAGCCUGCCUGUCGCCAAAUUGAUUCCCAGGCACUGCAGGGCAGCAGCACCCCCUGAGAGCUGGGGGGUGCUGGCUGUCAGGGUCCCUUGUGCUCCCAGCACCUAUCAUAACCUUGAACAUGUGGAUGCUCCCAGGCCACCACAGCCCCAGGCCAGCCUUGCACCUGGCAGCUAUGGCGAGCCUCA